AGCAGAUAAGAUGUCAGAGAAGACGGUGGAACAACUCUUCACUCAGAUCCGUAAACUUGGUCAGGAUGGUCUUCACCACAAAGCUCUUUCUCUUGUUAUGGAGGUUCUUAAGAAGAAUCCCAAGGAUAUGGAUGCCUUGAAAUGUAAAGUUGUGUGUUUGCUAAAGCUAGAUAAGUGUAAGGAAGCUUAUCACACCAUGACUACUGACAAGGAGCUGAGUAAGAUUCCCAUGUGGCAUGAGCGAGCCUACUGUUUAUACCGGCAGAACAAACUGGAGGAAGCUAUCUCCGAGUUAAACAACGCAGAGCCCUCCCCUAAAGUAGACGAACUGCUGGCUCAGAUCUACUACAAACUAGAGAACUACGAGGAAGCUGCCAGCAUUUACAAGGCUUUGGUAAAGAACACAGUAGACUCUUACACCAACGAGCGUGAGACCAACCUCGCGGCAGCUCUGGCCUCUUCUUCUGCCUUCAAAUCCAAACCCUUGAAGUGGGUUGGUGUCAGAGAAAGCACUUACGAACUCUGCUACAACGCUGCUUGCCACAGCGUCUCGACCGGGGAUAUUGAUGCUGCUCAGCAGAAACUGGAGAAAGCGAGCGAGCUGUGUAAGAAAGAGUUCGAGGACGACGAGGCAGAAACUAAAGCUGAGUUAGCUCCAAUAAAUGUGAUGCAGGGACUCUGUUUACAGAAGUCAGGUUACUCUAAAGAGGCACUGGAACUGUACAACACGGUACUGAAGGAGAAAUCAGGAGAUAGCCAGACUUUGGCUGCGGCAGCCAACAACAUUAUAUGUCUCAACAAGGACCAGAACAUGUUUGACAGCAAAAAGAAGCUGAAAAUAGCAACAACCGACACCGUCAGAGCAAAACUGGCUGCCUCUCAGAUUAACAGUAUCGACUUCAACUCGUGUCUUCUGAGCUUCUACACGAACCAACUUGAUCAGUUCAAGAAGAAAAGCCUUCAGCUGCAGAAAGCAGGCAGUCCUCUGGCACCGCUUCUCCUCGCUACCUCGCUAGUUCGGGACAAGAAGUUUGAAGAGGCUCUCCAGGCUCUGCAUGAAGGUGAAUCUACCGACGAGGUGGUUCAGCUGUCUAUUGCUGAGCUUCUGAAGAAGACAGGACUAUAUUGUGAAUCUGCUGCUUCUCUGAAGAAAGUUGUGUCGAUAUCUGGGAGACCUGGUUUUUAUUCUCUGGUUGCUUCUCUUAUUCUGAUAGGCGGAGGUCCUACUGCUGCCGCUGAUUAUCUCGAGGAAGCGUUAGAAGAACUUACCAACUCAGAUUACACUAACGAGGAGAUUACAGGUUGGGCUCUGCAGUGUGCUAAAUUCAUGCUGGCUACUAACAUGCCGGAGAAGGCUGCAAUGAACCUAGAGAAGUUGCUGGCUCGAGACCCCACUAACAUCAAGGCACUGGCUCUCUUGAUUCGCUCUUACUCUCUGUUUGACGCCCCACGAGCUCACGAAGUGGCACUCCGUUUGCCAGACAUUGACAUUCCCUCUGAUAUAGAUCUGGAACAACUGGAGAUAGGAGUGGGUGUUACCUCUGGGAGGGGGCUGAGGAAAGUUAUCCAGCCUGAGGAGGAGAAGAUUAACGAGGCAAACCGCAGAUUCGAAACCAAAGAGAAGAAACGGAAGAAGAAGAAAGGGAAGCUGCCGAAGGAGUUGGUGGAAGCAGGUCCUGAUCCUGAGAGAUGGAUUCCAAGACAAGAGAGAAGCUAUUACCGACGCAAGAAGAGGAACAGGAACGAGGCUAUCGGUAAGGGUUCUCAGGGUCUGUCAUCUUUAAACAAAGCAGCUGAGGCCGCUCUUGACAUGUCAGAUAAACCUAAGAAGAUAAUUGAGGAGGAGAGUAAGCCCACGCCUACCCCACCACCCCAACCCAAACAGCAGUCUUCUAAACCUAAAUCUAAAUCCAAGAAGAAGGGCAAGGGUAAGUGGUAAACGAGGCAAGUGUCCUAGACCUCAUAUUUCCAUUGUGUGACAACUUAGUUUCCUUUGACUUGACGAUUCUUAAGAAUUGGAUUUGUGGUGUUUUGUUUUGAUUAGUUUUGUUUAAAGUAAUUGAUUAAUCAUGAUUGGUUUAAGUUUUAGAUUUAAAGGGGGUUUGUAAAGAAUAACAUGACAUGUAUCAUUUAGUUUAACUUAAAAUUGGUGUUUUAAAAUGUAACCAGUUGAUUUAUUGCUUACCACUGACAAGAAGUACAGAACGACCAAGAAUAAACCCCUCCUGGUAGUGACCGGCAGUUUGAGGGCAAACCAUAUACAAAUAGUUGCAUCACAGAUGUUUGCUAUCACCCUGGCGGUCACGUACUAUUAUUAUUACCAUAUAUCUCACUACUUAUACUAUACAAUGGUCUUUCUAAUUAUUCACUCGCUCUGAAAUUGUUUUAAAUUUCUGUGCUAAUAUAAUUUGUCUACAGAAAUGUGCAACAAUUAAUCCUAACACUGACACUAUUCUAGCACUAAGAAAGUGACUCCAAGUCGUCAGAGGUAGAGAUGAGUGUACUAGUAGAGGUGGAAUAUUGCGGCAGGUGAGGGUACGCCCCAAAGUGGAAAAUGCUAGCUAAAAUGAUCAAAGAAGAGGUGUCCUCCGCUGACGUUCCUGGAGCUGUUGGCAGAAACACCUCAUUUGAGAUCAAGAUAAACGGCACUCUGGUCUACAGCAAGCUCUCCAAGGGCAGUUUUCCUAACUUCGACGACGUUGUGGCCGCUGUCAGGGAAGUAGCUGAAGGUGCUUCCCCAGACAAGUGUCAGAUUGAUUCUCAAUAAAGUGCAACUGAGACUCCGUGUUCUAUAUGACUUGUAGCGUGAUGCUGUGAUGAUGUGAGCGCGGUUCAGCGAGCACUGCAUCGCGAGUAGGAUUUGUCGGGAGGCGGCACACUGUUUUGGAGAGUGCGGUUGAUAUGACUUUGGUUGCUAAAACCGCAAGGGAGGCGGCUAGACGAUACGAACUGUACUUUUCGGGAAGUUUGUUGGCUUUCUGAUGGUCCUUUGCAAGAGAUGUUAUUUUAUUUUCAUCAAAUUUAUCUGAAUUUUUGAUAGAUUUGUAACCUCUAAUAUUUGUUGCAUUUUAUUAAAUGUAAAACAGUAAAACCCCGGAUUUCCGUGACCCGAUUUACACUUCCCCAAUUAAAUUUAUUUAUUAUUAAUGUAAAUCAGGGACCGGGGUAUUACUGUAAGUUAACUUCCAUUGUUAGGAAUAUUUAUGGGAAAUAAAUCUACAAUUCUUUUAUAGGAUUUCAGUUAAUGAUUUAUUUUUUAGUAUUUUAUAUAUAUAUUUGGAUCAUAUAGAUGAAUGAAACUUAUGUGUCUCAUUACUCAUCAUGCCUUAAA